AUGGCACCUCAGAAGCUCAAGAUUGCUGCUGCUGGCCUCGGCCGCAUAGGCAAGCGUCAUGCCAUCAAUUUCCUCAGCCGGACACCACGCGCAGAGCUCGUGGCUGCCUUCACCCCCGACCCCACCGAGAUGGCCUGGGCCAAGGUCAACCUUGAGCCUCAUGGGGUAAAGCUCUACGACGAUUAUCAGACGAUGAUCGAACAAGAAGGUCUCCAGGCCGUAGUCAUUGGCACUGCAACCUCGGUUCACGCCGAGGAGGCCAUCCAAGCUAUGCAGAAGGACCUCCACGUUCUCUGUGAGAAACCUCUAUUUACGAGCAUUGAAGUGCGUCGUCAAGUAAUUGCCGAAGCCAAGAAGCUACCUCACUUAGAGGUCAUGUGCGGCUUUUCCCGCCGCUUCGACGACUCCUAUCGCGAUGCCUUCAGCAAGACCCAACAGGGUGCCAUUGGCAGACCCACAAUCAUCCGCAGUCGACUUAUCAGUUUAACGAAAAUAAUCUGUUUCCCUUCAAUUUUUUCCAAUCUCCUCUUACGUUCAGACGUAAUGCUUUUCAGCGAGCAAAAGUACGCUGAAGCUCAAUACUCUCCUGAUUCCCGCUACGCUUAA